AUGGCCAGCCGGGGAGAAGUCCAGCUUGCGGACAUCAUCAUCGAAGGGAAUUUUAGUCAGGGGAGCACAGAUAGGUUGCUGCGCAGCGACAUGUUCUCUCGAUGCUACACUUCUUCCCCACGUGAAUACACCUCGUUUCGCGACUCCAAGUCUUUCCUGGACACGGUCGACCUCUUACCAGGUCCCCGAGCCUCGUGGUCGCUCAUCGAAACCAGGAUAACGGGGAAUCGAGUGGAUGAGAAGGGCGACCUGAUGACAGAGGUCGUCUACUGCUGGGCUCGAAAUCCUGUAGAGGUUGUCGUUGAGCUUCUCGGAAAUCCAAACUUUCGAGGUGUUCAAAGCUACGCACCUCGCCGCGAGUAUGUGGAUGAGCCUGACAAACCGACUCAGUCAACCGACACUCCUGACGAGCGACGAAGAUGGGUGAUCAAUGAGAUGUCGACAGCGGAUUGGUGGGCUCGUGUUCAGGAAGAACUUGCAAAGCGUGGCUUUCCCGACGCCACGAUUGCCCCGGUCAUGCUUGCUUCUGACAAGACCCAGCUUUCUGUUCUCAGUGGUGAUAAGCAAGCAUAUCCGGUCUAUCUUACAAUUGGCAAUAUCGACAAAGACGUGCCUGCUGCUCGGCACACCGAUGUUCUCGCGCCAUGGAUGGUGCUAGAAGAGGUCUACGCCUCGCUCUACGACGGGUACCGGCUCGGGCUGCCCACACGCAUGCGGCAGCUCGUCCUGCGUGUGCCGGGCCCGCGCGACGCGGAGGGCGCGGGCCUUUUCAAGACCCAUCUCGUGCAGUGGGUCUCACAGGGCCACGAGGACGAGCUCGAUGCACGGUUUGCCCGUGUUCCCCCAUACCCCGGCCUCCGCGUCUUCACGAAGGGAAUAUCCAAGAUCUCGCAGUGGACCGGGAACGAGUUCCGCCAGAUGGAGAAGGUCUUUCUCGGUCUCGUUGACGGCCUCCACGACGACUCCCGCAUCUUGAAAUGUGCGCGAGCUGUUCUCGACUUCAUCUACCUCGCACACUACCCAUCCCACACCGUCCUGACAUUGGAGCAGAUGCAAGAUGCUCUCGACCUCUUCCACACGAACAAGCAGGUCUUCUUGGACCUGGGAACAUGGGAUCACUUCAAUAUACCGAAACUCCACUGGGUUUCCGCCCACUACACCUCCUCAAUCUACGACUUUGGUGCAUGUGAUGGCCUCAGUACCGAGACCUCCGAGCGUUUGCACAUCGACUGUACGAAGAUGGGUUACCGUGCCUCCAACAAGAGGGACUACCUGAAGCAGAUGGUUGUGUGGCUAACGCGACGCGAGAAGAUGCGUUGGUUCAAGAGUUUCCUUCGCUGGUGCGACACGUCGCCUAUCACUCUGCAUCCCAACUCCCCACCACCUGCGUCGUCACAACAUGCAGCGAAGACGCUGUCAGGCACUGCUCUCCCAGCUCCCGCAUCCGAGGAAAGUCAGGUCAUGCAUCGUGCUGCGAAGAGGGCUUGUCGCUCAUCGGAGUCAACAUCAAGUCAUCGUGCUGAGAGCACUUCCUCCUCUCCGACCAUAGUAUCCACUUCUUCCAUGUCGUCACCCCUGUCCUCGGAAAAGAGCAGCGAUGACAGAUCCCAUCUUCAAGUGGAGGACUUGCCGUUUGGAGACUACGAGAUCGCCCGUCAACCUGGCCUCGGGAUCAAAACCGGCGAGGAGAUCGUAGCGAAGGCGCUCCCGUAA